UUAUUCACAAACUGUAAAUAAUUAAAACAGCGAAUAAAAUUCUUAUACUUGGCGUUGGCUAAUGCACAAACCGUGCCAGAGCCAAAAAGAAGAAAAAAAGACAGCGUGUAUUUCAGAACAUGUAAAACGAAACGCAAAUCGUCAUUUCGAAUGUAAAUUUUGACAGAAAUUCAAAUUACACUGACAAAUGAGAGUCGACAGCUUCAUUCCGUUACUUUUAAGUUUAAGUGAAUGUGCUUCUGCAUAUAUUUUACUUGCAUUUUUUGGAAACUUGGCUAUAUUUUUGGACUUUGAUUGGAUUGCUUUUCUGUAAGACCUUACUGGCAGACAUACUGGACACUGAUUUCUCGCGAUCACAGCUUGUGAUGGCGUCUGGUGGUGGUGGAAAUAGUGGAUGUGGACGAGAUCCAGAACCUGACCCGCCUACGAGUUCUAUGCUUGGUAUACGACCGGCUUUUGUUGAAGUCUUAGAGGACGAUGGGCCAGUUGUCGGUCGUCAUCUUUAUACUGAAGUAGUCAUGAUGUGGAAUUUGACAAAAAUUAAUAAAUAUUUGAGUACUAAUGAGCAGUGUGUGGCAUUCGCUGAAGAAAAUGAAUUAGUGCAUUCGCAAAAACAAUGUAGAACACAUCGUGUUCCCAUGAAAAUUGCUAAAUCGGCGAAUAAAUCAUUUGGUUCAUGGUGUUGUUCAAAAGAAAGUUGCAAAGGAAAAACGAAAGUUCCUAGAAAUAAAGGAACGUUUUUCGAAAAUAUUAAAAUGGAUUUAGUACAUCUGUUCUAUUUGUUAUAUGCAUAUUCGCAAAAAUGGAGCUAUUACACAGCCAUUCAUGAAGACCCAUAUAAAGAAAAUAGACAACAAUGCAUAAGCCGAGCCACAAUAAAUGAUUGGUAUAAUUAUUGCAGGGAAACUAUAGUUAUAUAUCAAAGAGAUAAAAUUCAAAUAUUAGCAAAGAUUGGUGGUCCAGGGAAGAUAGUCCAGAUCAAUGAAUCAAGAUUUGGGAAACGAAAAUACAAUAGAGGAAGACUUAUUGAGGGCAAUUGGGUCAUUGGUAUGAUAGAAGACAAAUCAGGAGAUCUGAGAUUGGAAGUGUGCUCAGACAAUAUUCAGUCAGCUGAAGUAUUAGUGCCACUUAUACAAAAACAUGUAGAAAUUGGCACUACAAUCCACACCAAUUUCUGGAAAGUAUAUGAUUGUUUAUCACAGCAUGGGUACAUACAUAAAAAAGUCAAUCAAUCAGAUCCUGAUCACCCCUGUGUGGCUGAAGAUGGGGCCUAUUUAUACGAAUCUUUGUGGAGGCGAAAUAAUAUUAAAUAUAAAAAAGACCCCUUUAUGGAGCUUAUUAUAGCUAUAAAAUAUGUUUAUAAAUAAAACACUUACUGACUGCAAUGGUGAGAGACAGAUGAGCCUGGCAAGAGGUUGAUGCCUUCGCCGAGGUUGCCCUGCAGCUGAAAGAAGACAGCAAGCGAACUCGGGAAAUUGACCCUGUGGCAGCCUUUGAGGAAACCCCGUACGUCGUUGAUGCGAAAUUUUGCUUCGCUGAAGUCCUGAUUUGCUGCUUAUUUAGCUAUGCAGCUUUUGUUUAUGUUUAGUGUGCCAUAGCCUGUGUAGGAUAUUACCGUGUAUAGAUUUCAUAUUAUAUUAAUUUGUUUAAUAGGUAUUUAUUCUGAAUUGCGUGAAGGCAAAUCUCACACUCACACACUCACACUGUAUAGAAAAAUAUACAUAUCACAAUUCUAUAUGUAGUUUAAAAUGGUUUAAUGAUAUUCAAAAUAUAUUACACCCUGAAUUAAUAACAAAAUCCUUUGGU